AGUUGCAGGGUUUGUUUGUCAAUGAUUGCCAUAGUUGUGUAAAGUAACCAUUGAGAGUGUUGCCUGCUCUGCAAAAUGAAGAGAAGAAUCAAUAAAUCUGAAAGAAAGUUUCAGUCUGCAGGAAGAUUGACGAAACCUACGGAUUUGAACGAGCAUGCAAGAUCUCAGUGGACUUGGACUAAAAUGGGACUUCUUUUGAUGUGCGUGCUUUCUGCAACAAUACCAUUUCUAAUGCAUCUCUUCUCUGACUAUGUUGACCUCAGCCAACCUUCAGAUAUAGGUCUCAAUCACACUAUAAAUAUCUAUCUCAAACCCGAGGAGGGGGUGAGAGUGGGCGUGUGGUAUACUGUACCUGAACAUAGAUGGAAGGAGGCACAGGGGCAGAAUCUAGAGUGGUAUGAGAAAGCUCUGGGGGAUGGAUCGCCAAUUUUCAUCUACCUCCAUGGCAAUGGGGGUAACAGAUCUGCACCCCAUCGUAUUGGAAUUUCAAACGUCUUGAGUGCUGUUGGAUAUCAUGUCUUGGCGUUGGACUACAGAGGUUUUGGGGACUCCACUGGGGAACCUACAGAGGCCGGUCUGAGUACUGAUGCCUUAUACUUGUACAACUGGGUUAAGGCACGCAGUGGAAACAGCCUGGUGUGUGUGUGGGGGCACUCGCUUGGUAGUGGAGUAACAACUAAUACUGCAGUGAAAUUACUGGAGGAAGGAAAACAGUUCGAUGGAAUAAUACUUGAGGGUGCAUUCCUAACCGGGGAAGUGGCACCUAAUCAACUUUUUGAACACGCUUUUUCCUGGUUUUAUUGGAAGUUCCCAUACAUUCAGUUCUUCCUUUUCAAUCCACUUAAAAACAACAUUGUGGUCUUUCCAACUAAUAAGAAUUUGCAGAAAAUUAGAACUCCUAUUAUGAUUCUCCAUGCUGAAGACGACCAUUUAGUGCCAUUCGCCUCGGCUCAAGAGAUUUACAGAAUCGCAAAAAAGGCCCAGAACUCAGAGAACUCAGAUGAGCGGGUCAAGCUGGUACCAUUUGAUGGAUCGCUUGGAUAUCUUCAUAAUGGUCUCUAUAAAGACCCUGGUUUGCCAAAUAUCAUAAGGGAGUUUGUGCAGUCGCUGAAGGCAUGAGACAGACACACGAGGGGAAGGAUUUACACCAAGAAAGAGCCAGCUAAAGCUGUAACUGGUUUUAUAACUGUAAAUUUAGAAUUGUUGUAAACAAUAUGCAUUUAUUUGAUAAAAACAUUGUAAUGUC